GUAAUUGCAAUCAGAAUGUUUGCCACGCCACUCAGACAGCCAAGUGCAAUGGUCCAGGUCCAGAAGAAGACACCUGGCAUGGAUGGUCAUGAAAAACCCUUUCAGUACGAGAUCACCGAUCAUGGUUAUGGCAAGGAUGCGGUCAAGGUUCUGCAUGUCAGUCGGAAAGGACCGGUGCACACCAUCCAGGAAUUCGAAGUGGGCACUCAUCUGAAGUUGUACAGCAAGAAAGAUUACUACCAAGGCAAUAACUCGGACAUUGUGGCCACCGAUUCUCAGAAGAACACCGUCUAUCUGUUGGCCAAAAAACAUGGCAUUGAGAGUCCCGAAAAGUUUGCCCUACUCCUGGCCAAGCAUUUCAUCAACAAGUACUCCCAUGUGGAGGAGGCUCAUGUCCAUGUCGAGGCCUAUCCCUGGCAACGAGUCUGUCAGGAGGAGACCAAGAACACCAUCAAUGGGAAAUGUGAGAAUGGAAACGAAGGCAGCUGUGACUUCAGUUCGGUCGACAACCGAUCACUCCACAAUCACGCUUUUAUCUUCACUCCCACGGCUCUGCACUACUGCGAUGUGGUUAUAAGGAGAACAGAUCCCAAACAAACUGUCAUCACUGGAAUCAAGGGUCUCCGCGUACUGAAGACCACCCAAUCCUCGUUUGUGAACUUCGUAAACGAUGAGUUCAGAUCUCUGCCAGAUCAAUAUGAUCGCAUCUUUAGCACAGUGGUGGAUUGUUCCUGGGAAUACUCCAACACCGAUAACUUGGACUUUUUGAAAGCCUGGCAGACGGUUAAGAACAUUAUUAUCCGGAACUUUGCCGGCGAUCCGCAGGUGGGCGUGUCUUCCCCUUCUGUCCAGCAUACCUUGUACCUCAGUGAAAGAGAGGUCCUGGAUGUCCUACCCCAGGUGUCGGUCAUCUCGAUGACCAUGCCGAAUAAGCAUUACUUUAACUUCGAUACGAAGCCCUUCCAGAAAAUUGCUCCUGGUGAUAAUAACGAGGUGUUCAUCCCAGUGGACAAGCCACAUGGCACUAUCUACGCCCAGUUGGCCCGGAAGAACAUCAACAGUCAUCUCUAGAUGGAUCUCUGAUUUAGUUAGUCUCUGUCUAAAGCUCUUUAGGCAAGUUUUUAUAACGUAAACAAAUUUGUAGAUUAGAUAGUUGGAAACAAAUUCUUAUAAAUUAAUGUAAAUGUUUGUAAAUAAUUAAAUAAAUAAAAUUUAAUAGGUAAA